GCCACUCAGACUCAGGUUCUCACCCGCUGUACCACUUUCCAAGUCUGCGCUCACGCCCUUUUCGUCCGUCGUACUCAACACUUCCAGCGCAAAAGUAUCUUGACAGAGUAAUUAAUUCUUUUCACCGCAUCGAUAUUUUCAAUCGUCUGUACUGCGCCGCAGCGAGAAACGGACCCGAAACUUAUAAUUCCUCCCUCAAUGGCAGCGUCGCUGAUUGCGACGUGAUCGCCCACCAUGUCGGGGUCGACGUCCACGUCGAUCGACGCUGGCAUUGUUGUCGCUGCUACACCACAUUCUCAAGAUACGGGCGUUGCGGCUGCGCCUGUCGAUACCAACGCCAAAAAUACCUCAAGCGCUCAGCCUGACGCUACCUUUUUGCAUUCGCCUCCCGAUAGCAACAACACGGCGAAGUCUGAUGGUUCCGAUUCUGAGUUGAGCGAUCUUGAAGAUGAACCCAUCCUAAGCGAUCCACCGCAGCCUGUUUCUUCUAGCGACAAUGUCAGCAGCGGAGAUAAGAAGGAAAAUGCUGAAGAAGACAUUGACAUUGGGGAGGUCUUGCCAGAUUCCUGGUCCGGUGCUGUUCCUAUCUUCAAGCCGACCAUGCACCAGUUCCAGGAUUUCAAGCGCUUCAUGGAAGCCGUCGAUAGCUAUGGAAUGAAAUCCGGCAUCAUCAAAGUUAUCCCCCCGCAAGAAUGGAAAGACGCCCUUCCCAAACUCGACGACCUUGUGAAGCAGGUCAAAGUUCGAGAGCCGAUCAAGCAAGAUAUUAUGGGAUCCAAUGGAACCUACCGCCAAGUCAACAUCCUUCACGGACGAUCCUACAACCUGCCCCAGUGGCGCCAGUUAUGCAAUCAGAGCGAACACCAACCACCGGCUAGACGUGGUGAGCGACGCGCCAAUGCCGAGAAGCCCAAACCACGAACUCGAGCUGCGACCGCGACUGUGGCUAAGCCUCCCGAUCCUUCGACCCCUAAGAAGAGAGGUAGGGGGCGGCCUGCCAAGCGAGGAGGCAGAGGGAAGCGGCUCAAGCAAGAACAGGCGGAUGAUAAUGAAGACCGGCCUAUGACUCCGGUCUCACCCAAGCCAGAGAUUGCCGAGACUGAGGACAAACCUGUCGAGUCAGUAGAGAAGGACCCUGGUGAAGAGGUUGAGGAGGAUUGUGAACCUACCGUUGGUCGCAUGGGUGGCCUCCGACAGGCAAGAACCAAGACACAAACAGUCUCGGCCCGUCGCAAAUACAGUCGCCGAGAGGGAUCCGCUAUGAUCGACGAAGCUGCCUUUAAAGACUGGGAUUACAAGAUGGACAUAUCCGAGUAUACCCCCGAGCGCUGUGAGGAACUUGAGAGGGCUUACUGGAAGACCCUUACCUACGCACCUCCCCUCUACGGCGCUGAUCUGAUGGGUACGCUUUUUGAUGAAUCGACCGAACAGUGGAAUUUGAACAAGCUGCCUAAUCUUUUGGAUGUCUUGGGUGAAAAGGUGCCAGGAGUCAACACAGCUUAUCUCUACCUAGGCAUGUGGAAAGCAACUUUUGCUUGGCAUCUUGAAGAUGUUGAUCUUUACAGUAUUAACUACCUUCACUUCGGUGCUCCCAAGCAGUGGUAUAGUAUCUCCCAAGCCGAUGCCCGGCGGUUCGAGGCGGCGAUGAAAAACAUAUGGCCUACAGAUGCCAAAGCCUGCGACCAGUUUCUCCGUCAUAAAGGAUUCCUCAUCUCGCCUCAGCAUUUGAAAUCGCAUUAUAACAUUACUGUUAACAAAUGCGUAUCUUAUCCUGGAGAGUUCGUCGUGACCUAUCCAUAUGGAUACCAUUCUGGUUACAAUCUGGGCUACAACUGUGCCGAAGCUGUCAAUUUCGCACUCGAUUCUUGGCUAGACAUCGGUAAAAUCGCCAAAAAGUGCGAGUGUGCCGAAGCGCAAGACAGUGUCUGGAUUAAUGUCUACGACAUCGAGCGUAAAUUACGCGGAGAAGAAACAGAAUAUGAAGAAACCGAGGACGAAGAGGAAGAUGACGAUGAUGAAGAAGGUGGCAUGCCAACACCACCUUCUGGCUCGGGUGUCAAGUUCAGACUGGCUGGUCGUAAGCGAAAGCGUGUACCUGGCGACAAGGGAGGCAAGGUCAAGAAGAUCAGACUUCGUCUCAAAUCGAAAGUCGAACCACCCUGCUGCCUCUGCCCUAACGAUACUCCAUCGGCCGAUCUGUUGCCCACAGAUGAUGGUCGAAAAGCUCAUCGACUUUGCGCGCACUAUCUGCCAGAGACGUAUACGGAAACAAUUGAUGGACAAGAGACAGUCGUCAACGUGUCGAAAAUCCACAAGGAUCGGUUCGAACUCAAGUGUCUCUAUUGCCGCUCCAAACAGGGUGCUUGCUUCCAGUGUUCCCAAAAGAGAUGCGCCCGGGCUUAUCAUGCAACAUGCGCGGCUGCAGCUGGUGUUUUCGUCGAAGAAGAAGAAGUCCCAGUCUUCGGCGAAGAUGGCACAGAAUACAAGGAGCAAGCCUUUGAGUUCAGCUGUCGAUACCAUCGGACGAAGCGAGAUAAGAAGCUUGAUGGAGAUGCAUUGGAGACUGACUCACGAGUUCGGACGGCAGCUUCAAACCUUCAGCCUGGCGAGACCUGCCAGUUGCAACACUUCAAAGGAGAUAUCUUUGCUGGUGUUGUGGUUGAAAACCGGCAUGAUGAGCAAACGUUGCUUAUUGACAUCUUGCCAAAUGGUGACCGCCUCGAAGUCGAAUGGAAAUGGCUACUGGUACCCGAUCCAGCCGACUAUCGUCUGCCAAAGGCAUCAUCAAAGGCCAUUCCGAUGCCCGCGUCCCAGAAGGCCAAGGAGAAGCUCAAAACAAAACGACUUCAUGACGGCAAGCCCCAGAAGGACGAUCCGUUCGUUGAAGGCUGUACUUGGGCCGAAUUCAACAGCCACCCUGUCACAAACAAAGAACAAGUCAAAAUCGAUUUCUGCAAACCCGACCAAAUUUGGUAUUACUUGCCCAAGAACUCGACAGAAGCCCGCGCCCAGUUCACCGAGGAUCCUCGCAACCCACGUCAUAAUCCCAGGGGUAAUUUCCUAUCGACGGUUCCCAAACCCGUCAAACCCCCAAGGCCGGUUCCAGUAUAUCCUCCCCGACAAGCCUACCAGCCCGCUGUCCCUUAUCCUGCAGCGCGACUUGAUAAGCCAUAUGUGUACAAGCCACGAACACCUGCUUCUCACAACUACCCUGUGAUGGGCAACUUCACCACUCAGAGGUUUACACCAACUGCCCCUUCACCAGCCCAGCAACAGCCCGGAAGCUAUCGUUAUCCGUAUGCACAACCUCUAUCUAUAGGACAACAAGCCGCUCCUGCCUACUCUGCGCAAAGGUUUGAGGUUAGGCAAUCGCCCGCCUAUACACCUCCUGCGAACACACCCAGGAUACAGAGUCCUGCGAAUACACUACCACACAGGUAUCAGCAGGACCAAUGGCACGGAAGACAUACCGCUGCCCUUCCGGCACCCACCCCUAGUCAUCCUGGAGUAGCCCAUCCCUAUCCACAACCGUAUCAGGCUCCGGCACCUGUAAACCACCACCAGGCAUCGCAAGCAAGAGUGGCUCCGCAGGCAGAUAUAUCUAUAUUCCAAAAGUAUCCCUUUUUCCAGGUCAACCACAACAGGGACUCGACUAAGUAUCGGACGCCAUAUGCUACUUGGGGAGGCUUCACCAACGGAUACGAGGGCAACUUCAGGGCUCACAUCAUAACCAACAAGGAUGCGUAUCUCAACGGUACAAUUAAGGAUAAUAGAUUCCAGGGCAAUCAGAACUUCGGCGCCUACCAGCCUCCGCAUCACCUGCCUCCGGGGCAUGGCCACCAUGCGUCACCUGGGAGCCAGCCUCGGAUCAGCCAACAACCGGACUUGAAGCAAGUGCCCACACCAUCUCUGGGAACUGGCACCCAUAGCUUCAACCAGUUUCCUCGGCCUGCGAUAAAACAACAGUAUUUGCCCCCUAUGCCUAUGCAAACGCAUGCACCUGUGCCUGCACCUGCACAAGUACAGGCCCAGGCGCAGCCCCAAGCGCAGCCGCAAAAGUCGACCCCGAAGCCCCAACAGAGGCCUCCACAGAAGCAUCCGCAAAAGGCUGAAGAAAAGCCUCAGCAGAAGCCCCCACAGACCGCUCAGCCCCCUAAUCAAAGCAGUAAACCUAAGAUUGGGACUAUUUUUAAAGAAUACAAGGUAAGUCCCUGGAAAUCUCGAUAGGAAUGAAGGGUCGGCUGAACAGCCCAUCCAGAUACCCCCGAAAGAGUCGCCAGUACCGUUGCCUGCAAACUUUCUGGCUUCUAUGGCGCCCACGUCCAAGACUCCUGCUUCCGUUGCCUCCGGAAAGCCAAUCUUGCAACAAGCCGAGGGCAAAGACUCACCUUGUACGCCCACGGCUGCAAAACCGAUUCAGGCAUCUCAGCAGACAUCGUCGAAUGGGCAGCCUAUGAACAGUCAAAAACUUGAGGCCAAGGUUUCCAAGACCCCUAUUCCAAUUCCGCGAUUGCCGGGCAUUGCUCAGUUCUCUUCGCAAGGUUCAGCCUCAGCUUCAGCCUCAACCCCAACCCCAACACAACAGCAGGGUGCUUCACCUUCCCAGGAUAGCAAGUCGACAUGUACGGCUUCAAAUUUGGUACACGCGACCGAUACAACUGUGCUGGCGACGAACACCUCUUCUGGACAACAAGAUUUUGCAGACGUUCCUGGAGGUGAAUCGAUGGAAUUCAUGGACCGACUUAUGGCGAGCAUACGUGCAAUAGCCAGUCGCGACAACGCAGUCUGAGCUGCCACCGACACAAGCAGCUGUAGACUAUGUAUCCGAAUACCCUCUUCAAUUUUAGCAACUACCUUUGGAACCAUGGGAAGGCGUUUAUGGAUUUCAGUGUUUUAUGGCAUGCAUCAGGCAAAUGGGAGUUGAGGCAAUGGAGCGAUACGGAUAUGACGGUCAGGUUAAGACGCAUGACGAAGGGAAGUGUGUUUAUGUAGUAUUAGGUGCACGACCGGCGCCCCCAAAGACGCCAGAGAGUCAACGGAGUUUCAAUGAUUCAGAAGUCAAAGUGUCCAGCAAAAGGCGCUAGUCACGGUACUGGUAGACCGACCCGAUUAUGGCUGCGGUGAUAACAUAGCGUACAAGAGUGGAAACCAUUGUUAGUCGUUUCUCUGGAAGCUGGCUCGAGAUGGAUUGUAAUGAUGUGCAAGAAGAUAUCUGAUGUUGGUUGGGAUGUCUAAGAUAGAUUCGAUGAAAGGUAUCCUAAACCUAAGUUCUUAUGAUAACCUAGGAUCGAGGACAAAGCAGAUACGUAUGGGUGAGGGAACUCUGUCCCACCUCAGAAACGGCGAUCGAAUGGGCGUGACCUUCUUUGCUUAUUAAAUUACGUACCUUAGGUAUCUACUUGAGGUAGGUAGGUACCUUAGGUACAGAGGGGGGUAGUCACAUAAGAUAUUGCUCUGUUGCAAGUCUUGUAUUAGAUUUCUAUACAAGGGAACAAUGGCACUGUAUCAUCUGAACAUGUGCGAAGACUCAAUCAUACAAUUGGAGGGCCAGGUGAAGUUAUUGACUUCAUGUUCCAGUACGAGAUCUACCUAUUGGUUGUUCUUGCAGUGACAGGCAAUGAACAGUUGACACUGUCCUCUCAUCUCUGUGACGCACAACCAUUGGCAGCGGUUACACUGCAUUGUGAUCCGAAUUUAU